AAACCACAGAAAAGGAAACAGCUCCUGUGUGAACUCCUUCCCUGCCACCAAAAGUUGUUGGUGUGAGCAUAUCAAGGGCAGUGUCAUGUGAUUUGGAAAGACUUCAGAGCUUAGGGCACUUUGUGGUCAGUUCAGAGUUGAUUGGGUGAUCUAAUCACGGAUUCAGACCAAGGCUGAGACAUGCGGAUUCUGGGGAGCUGUGUUCUCUUCUGGUUACUCACAGGUUAUGUGUCUGCAAACACCAUAAUAACCACAGUGGGAUCCGACGUUACGCUACACUGCAACUAUGAUGCUAAAUACUACGGCCGCCUGUUUGUGUGCUGGGGCCGGGGAGACAUCCCAAACAGCGGCUGUGCCAACGAGGUGAUCAGAUCAGACGGAACCAAAGUGACCGGCAGGUUGUCGGAACGGUACCACCUUAUCGGGGACCUCGGAGAGGGUGAUGUGUCUCUGACCAUCACUCAGGUUCAGGAGGGCGACUCGGGCGUUUACGGCUGUCGGGUGGAAAUACCAGGCUGGUUCAAUGAUCACAAACAUCAGACAACUCUCAGAGUAAAUCCAGGGCGCCCACUUCCCCUGAAGGUUGAAACAAGAGAAGUGAAGGAGAGAACUCUGACCGUUCGUUGGACGGCUCCAUUUGAUGGUGGCAGACCCAUCACAACCUACAUCAUCGAAAUAAAAAACAAAUAUGCAUCCUGGGAUACAGCCAUAAGAACUGAGGUGACCCAACCUCAGCUGACUCAGGUGACUCUGGUGGAUCUGCGUCCCUACAAGACCUACAACCUUCGCAUGUUUGCUGCCAAUAGCGUGGGAACAAGUGAAACCAGUAACGUUCUCACCAUCACAACAAAGGAAGGAGUACCAGAGGGCCCUCCCUUCGAUGUGCAGCUUCAGGCUCUCAGCUCUGACAGCAUCAGUGUCACCUGGAAGCCUCCGAAGACGGAUCUCAGGAACGGCGUCCUGAGGAGUUACACCAUCAGCUACAGGGAGGAUGAGGGGAACCAGUUCAAGAGGUGGCAGCAUGUCUCUGUGACGGCCACGCGUGAGGUGGAGAGCUUCACUCUGACCAACCUGAAGCCCUCCACCUGGUACAGCGUACGCCUCCAGGCCAAAACCAGCGCAGGGACAGGACCCGCUUCAGACUCCCCUCGCUGCUCCACUCUGGAUGAAGUUCCAGAAACAACAGCAGCAUCCAGUACCGUAACUUCCUCUUCCUCUUCUUCUGCUGCUGCUGCUGCUGCUACAACUCGGACACAUCACACCAGUCUCACACCAGUUCACACAGCUUUAACAGCUCAGAUGGUCCCAACAUCCACAGCGUGGGAAGAAACCACUUCAACCCUCACUUUGGUGCCUCCUGAUCCACCCGUUAUUGAGCUGAAGGAAGUGAAGGACAAUGCUAUUUCUCUUUUCUGGACUCCUGGGUUUGAAGGAGACAGCCCCAUUACUGGAUACUUCCUGGAGUAUAAAGCAGCCAAUGCCUCGUGGGAUUACACCGAGAGUGUUGUAGAUUUCAGCCCCAACGAGACGGACGCCACAAUAAUAGAGAUAAAUCCUUCAACCUACAACAUCCGCAUGUUUGCCAAAAGCAGUGUGGGCACCAGUAAAGCCAGUAAUGUCCUUACUGUGACCACUGGAGGAACAGAUCGUGAGAGGGAAAAUCUCAUUCCUACAUUUCCGAAUGACUCUGAAUCUGUUAUGACUGCUGAGAACACGCAAGGCGUUCCCACAGCUGCCAUCGUCGUUCCAAUUGUUGUGGUCCCGCUGAUCGGCACAGUAAUGCUUCUGAUACUUCGACGAAUGAAACACAGGAAUGUUCAUCUAAACGUGUGGAUGAGCCGCACAGCCUUACGAUACAAAGGAUCAGAUUCUCUGCAAGAGCUGUGAACUCUGACCUGCGUCUGCAUUUGGUCACUCUGAAAGGACCCCCCCCCCCCCCACCCCACCCCCACCCCACCCCCCCCACCCCUCCCCACACACACACAAGCCUGGUUUUAAAAAUACAAAAAAAAAUCUUAGUUGUUUCACAUUAGGAGCAAAAUUGAAUGUAUUCAUGUGCCACCCGUAAAUGUGGCUGAUUAACUAAGCAAAGGAACUUUGUCUUUGACAGGUUUCAGGCACACAGUUUUAUUUUAUUUUUACCUUGGUUGUAUUACAUGUUUUCUAAAAUUCACCAACCCGUGCUUUUAUUCUGAAAAACUGCAACAACAUAAUAUAUCUUGCAGUUUUAUUUUUGCUAUUAAUUAAGUGUUAUUCAUUCAUCAGUGUGUUCUU